GAAUUGCAGUAUUAUAACCUAAUGUGAAUGUUAUGACUGUGGGGUUGCGUUUUGCGAAUUCAUUUCCGUUUUCUCUUCGAAUUCUGUAUUAAUGAUAUCACAUCCGAGCAUUCUUCGUAAGUUCGAGGUAAGAGUAAACUACUGACUUUCAUUUUUACAGUAGAUCGAAGGAGGAGGAGGAGCCUGGGAGGGCGUAGAGGGGAUAUUUCUAGAGGCACACGUCUGUGCGUUUUUUUGUAUUACUAUUUCGUUUCUCUGGAUCUGUUGACCUGCACUCGUGCUUUGGGAAAAAGUAAUGCAAGUAAUGCACGGACUUCGACAUCACAGAGCAGGAAUCCGAAAGAAUUCGUUCUGGCACACCUGUUUUCUGAUUCUCCUUUUCUUAUGUUCGUAUACAGAUUCCCUGAAUGUGACAAUUCCCAUGAGGAAUGUAGCAGCAGCCCGAGGCCAUGUUGUGGUUCUGGGCUGUGAGUUUUCCCCUCACUUUGGACCAAACCCUGACUUUUCCAGCUUGUUGGUGACUUGGCAGCGACAGGAGGAUAACCGAGUGGUCCAUAGCUUCUAUGAUAACAAGGAUCAGCUGGAAACACAAGACCCUGCAUACCGUGAUCGUACAGAGCUGUUCAGGACCGAGCUGAGCAAAGGAAACGCUUCGUUAAAGCUGAGGAACAUCCAAAAGUCUGAUGAAGGGCUUUACCUCUGCACCGUCAGCACAAGCCAGGGGACGAACAAAGCAACUUUAAAGCUAGACUACGGAGUUCUCUACACCGAGCCCAAGUUAACCAUAAAAGCAAGUUCCUCUGGCAUUUUAAUGCAUUUCGAGACGGAGGGAUUUCCUGAGCCUGAGGUAAAAUGGAAAAGAGAACAUGGCGAAAGCCUCAGCGAUCCCAUACAGACGUCUAAGGAAUUUAAUUCAGAGACGGGACUUUAUAGUAUCCAAAGCAGUUUCACGGCACCGAACGCUCCGUUUAACGUCACCUUCAUACUCGAAAACCAGCUGCUAGAUCAAUACCUGCAGAGGCCCAUCAGCUACACAGGUGGUGAAAACUCCUGCUUUGUGGUAGCUAUCGCACUCUCUGUCAUUUCUUUACUCCUCAUUUUGACUGCAGCAGCAUUGGGCUGGAUAUGCUGUUGCAAGAAGAAAAAUGACCUGGUAUAAAAUAUGCAGAUCAUUGCUGAUCGUCUUCCAUUAUUAUAUUUAAAUAGAUAAUAAUUAAUUUACUGUACUUUACUCUUGACUAAAAACUAAUUAUGUCUAAUGUAAGAUGUGCUUUUUAACGUAGCUAGUUACGUUUAUUCCGGAAAAUACUAUCAGUUAUUUUUAUAUAGAACUUUAGAACUCUUAGAGUGAUCUGAGUGUUCCUUCACCUCGGCUCUACAUACCUCUACAGCCCAGGAUUCGCAAUCGUUGUUAGUAAAAUUUGUAGCACUUGUUUUCCCAUGAAACCAAAUUUUUAUCCAGGCCAAACUUUCCCAGACUCUUUAUUAGUUCACUCACCACCAGUAACAGCAUGAUAAAGACUUUCAGAAUGUGUGAAGGCCUCAUGAAGCUGGGAAUGUUGAUUUCAUCGGUUUUGAAAAACAAGAAAGACAUUAUUACGCACAGAAAGAAUCCUGGUAUGACAAAGAUAUUUAUUAGUAGACGUAAUAGAAGUAGAAAUAGAAGUAGAAGUAGUAGAAGUAUUGUAUUAUGAUGCUGCUCUAAUAAUAGUUUUUAAAAUGUUUAGAAUUGAAAAGAAAUCAUUUGCAAAUAUUUCUGUUCAGGCAGUUUGUCACUGGUUGGUUUUCCGUCAAUAUAAUUGUCAGGAGUUACUGGGUCAGUUCACAAGGAGGUCCAGACAAGUGAUUUAUUUAUGGAUCACUGUGUUACUCCCAUGUUGGCAGUGUCGCACCCUUUCGUAAUGUUUCUGGCCUGUCCCUUUUUUUAGCCCUUGAUGUGCUGCUCUAUGUAUAUCUGUCUUGGUCAGGGUCAGUCAUUAUACACUAUACUGCCAAAAGUUUUGGGACACUAUUCCAAACCAUUGAAUUCAGGUGUUAUUUUUCAGGGAUUGGGCUUGGCCUCUUAGUUCCAGUGAAAGGAACUCUUAAUGCUCCUAAUGUGGAGGAAAUUGACUGGCCUGCACAGAGUCCUGACCUCAACCAAUUCUUCUAGAAGCGCAUUUGUGAGGUUAGACACUGAUGUGGGACCAAAAAGGUCUGGAUCGCAGUCUCCGCUCUGAUUCAUCCCAAAGGUGUUCAGGGUGAGGUCAGUACUCUCUCGACCAAGCUCGCUCAUCCAUAUCUUUAUGGACCUUGCUUUGUGCACUGGUGUGCAGUCAUGUUAAAACAGGAAGGGGUCAUCCCCAAACUGUUCCCACAAAGUUGGCAGCAUGAAAUUGUCUGAAAUGUCUUGGUAUGAAGCUGAAGCAUUAAGAGUUCCUUUUACUGGAACUAAGGGGCCGAGCCCAACCCCUGAAUGAUUUGGAGGGGUGUCCCAAAACUUUUGGCAAUAGCGUAUAUUUAUAUUUGUUGAUUUUGUCAACGUAACAUUGUGUGUCUGCUGUACGGCCAGAUGCUGUAUUAUCCAGGUUUUUAUGGCAUAGUCGUGCUUUGUUGAGGUUAUCUAAGCUUCCAUGUCAUAGUUAGGGUUUGUUUCUGUUACGCAUAAUGUAAGUCUUUUUGUUUUGUUAAAUGAAAGCAGUGCACAUACUGAAUCCCAGUGUAUGGGUCUGAUCGUGGGCAGCGCAUCAAGGGAAAACAAGGAACAGGUGAUAAAGUGGGAAAACACAUUAGGAAAGGGUAUAACAGAGUGAUAUACAUAAACAAACAAGCAAGGACCUGCCCCAGUAAAUCCUGCCAAUGAUUUACAUCUCCGGGUUAAAGAAGCAACACAAAAGCACAUUCUUACUACCAUAAACUCUCCCUUGCUGGAUGAAUUAUAUUAAGUUAUACUAAUUAAAACCUAAUGAUUAUUAAACCGUUUUGAAACAAGUCAGUCAAUUUGAACGAGGAUUAGGUCAACUAUAGGGAAAUAACCCGAGCCGGAUGCAUUUCAGUACGUAUCUUGCUACAUAUUUAAAGAAAGCUUGGCUUGACCUAAAACAAUCAUUAAUCAUAUUUAAUCUCCUAACAAAUUUGUUGUAAAUUCAUUGUCUAUAUCGCAUUAUAAAAUAAAUCCCAUAUCAUAUGCUCUUCAGUUGGCGAGCAAAUUUGCUGCCUAGUUAACAGAAAUGACGUCGAGCACAUUUAGCGUUCCUCCAUUAUGUUUAGCGCUAACAUUUUAAAUGUUUGAAACACUUUAAAUAUGAAAGCAAUAAUGGUGACCCAUGGUUUUCUUUAGUCAUUCUUUUACAUGACUCCAACCCCUCUGUCUCAUUAAAAGAAAGGAUGUAAAAAUCGAGAAAUGAAACCCCAGUCUGGUCAAUUGUUGGUACUGACUGUUAUAGGAGGAUAAAAUGAAUCUUCUUGUUAGAGUCUCAAGUGUAAUCACAGAUUCCACAGAAACCAGAAACAAAUAAACAAACAUGCUACUAUCAUGACCUCCGUUUCCCAGCAUGGACACUUUAUACUUAUCACAGAAGUCUGAUCUGAAACUCCAUGUUGGAUAUAUAGGUAGUGGUUUUGGAUGGGAUUUAUGUCUGAUCUGCUGAAUUACCUUUAUACAUUUCUUUCUAUAAAUGUAUAUGUGAUAUGUGUUAAGAGAAAUUAUUAAUAGAAUCACUUAAUAAAGCUCUAUAUAAUUAACCAAGACAUUUUGUUCCUUUUUUUUUUUGGACAUUUUGUUGUAUUUAUAGCAGAAAAUAUCAAGCUUACACCAAAUGGAAAAAGAUAUUCACCGCCCCCAUGCGUGCCGAAAGAACUGGACAUGUUUCUCGUCAACACCCAUAUUUGUUUCUACUUUUUUAUGUGUGUGCAUGGUUUUACAUGGCUGUAUAUUUUGGUUUGGGUUGUAGUUGCAUUACACUGUGUACACUUUACACAACAACCGCAUUCGACUGAAGUUUCACAGAUUAAAGUCAGCCAAAUGAAAAACAACACACAACAAAAAAUAGGUGGAAACUCUGAUACCAACAAUGAAACGAACAUGUUGAGAAUACAAACCUACUGAAAAAACAGCAUUUUAUUUCCUCUAUUUCAUUCCACGGCUGCUACGAAGGAAUUCAAUUCUUUGAUUCGUUUUAAAGCUUUACUUCAGAAUAAAUUCAAUCAAAUUCAAAGCAUAUAUAUUAAAUAAACCACCACUGGGGAAACCAAAUGAAUCCACCAGUUGGAUGAGGAAAAAAUAAGCACACCCUCGAACAGAACUGCAUGGUACUGAAUUAGAGGGUGUACAUACUUUUCUCCCAUGUGGUUUUUAAAUGUUUAGGUUUACUGUUUUUUUUAGGCGGAUCAAAUGACCGCAUGUUGUAAAAGAUUGUUUUUUUAAGUUUAUAAAAGUUGCCAAGGGUGACUUAUUUACUAUUUAGGCUCUGAUGAGAAAAACAUUUACUUUCUAAAAGAAAUAAUAGGCAGCCACACACCCGUGUGUCAUAACUGGAUGUCUGUGGUGUGCUAGACUGAUGACCUGUUCUUUCAACAUUUUGAUGGUUUGACAGUGGAACUGGUGCCGGUCAACUCUCCCAGCAUAGCUGUAGUAUUAUUCCAUGAACUCAGUCAUGGGUCAUACUGAACAGACCUCUUGUGAGCACGUCUUCCUUCCACACUCCCACCCCUCGCCAAACCAUGCCAAUAAUGCGAAAGGAUUGAUCUUAGACUUUUUCGUUUACGAUAAAACAUUUUCCAGUUCUUCAACGACAUCAUUUCCAUUAAUUAAAAUGUCUUUGACCAAUAAA